CCAAAUGGAUGUCAUAUGAAAACACUGUAAGCGGCGAAACAGAGGAGCCGAUGUGAAGGAAUGGAGCAGAAUUACUCUUCUUAAAAACAGGUGGUGGAUUUGUCACCUAUGGGAUAUUCCAUUAAUGCCCAAUUGAAUAAAUACCCAGACUGGUCAGGGCAGAAUGAUGGCUUCCCAGCCCACCAUCGAAAAUACUAUGGAGCUUCCCAGCAGCAUCUUCAACCUGGACUACUCCUCCAGGGAGCUGCAACUGAAGGUCAUCGGCCUGGGCUUCCUUUUCUACAGCCUCUUCUUCCUCUUCUCUCACAUCCUGUCUACCACACUCUCCCUCACGUAUCGGUCUUUACCUGCUAAAGAAAAGGUGUUCUGGGACCUGGCGGCCACGCGAGCGAUGUUCGGAGUACAGAGCGCAGUAGCAGGUCUGCGGGCGCUCAUUGAAGACGGCCCCGUAUUUGAUGAGAAGGUGACCGGCCAAACGGGAUGGUCAUGGUUCAACGUGCUGACGGCAGUGAGCUUCUUCCUGUUUGAGAAUGUGGCGCUACACAGCUCCAGCGUGGCCUUCCGCUCCUUUGACCUGCCUCUGGCUGUCCACCAUGCCUUUGCACUGGCUGGAUUUGCUGGGGCUGUGGUGUGGGAGCAUGUGGGCCACUUCCUGCCUAUGGUCACCUUGCUGCUGGAGAUGAGCACACCGUUUACCUGCAUCUCCUGGAUGCUGCUCAAGGCUGGCUGGGCUCGAACGCUGUUCUGGAAGGCUAACCAGUGGCUCAUGAUCCACAUGUUUCACUGCCGGAUGGUGCUGACCUACUACAUGUGGUGGGUGAGCUGGAGCCACUGGACCGACCUGAGUAUUCACAUACCUCUGCCUCAGCUGCUGGUCUUCUUCUCAGGCCUCGCCCUCCUCACCUUCCUCAUUAACCCCAUAUGGACACACAAGAAGACCAUGCAGCUGCUCAACCCCGUGGACUGGAAUUUUGCCAACAAGCCGACCUCAGAGAACGGGCCCAGAGAGGAGAAAGCGCACUCCAGCUGAUGGUGAAAGGGGGUUAGGUGAAAGUACAGAUGUACCUCAUUGGUUGGAGUGUAGAGUUGUGGAACAGUAUGAUGCUUAAGCAAUGUUUUUGGUAUGGAGCUACAUUUUUGAUGUUGGUACUUGAUAUUUGAAGCAGAAGGAUCUAUUUUUGUUUUUUGGCAAGAUUUUAGCUACUACCUAUUUUAGUAUUGUGCUUAACUGACAAAGCAGAUUUGAAGGAAUAGUUUGGUUAGAAAUCGAAUUUCCACAGCCUUCUUUACUGAUGCUAAAUGUAGUCAAGGACCUUUUGUUGUUUGAAGAACUGUUUUGUUUAAGACCAACACAGCUUCUGUUGGUUGAUUGGUGACGUAUGAAUGGGGCUCUGUAUUGGUAAGGACAAUACAGGGAUUACGAUUCAAUUUAUCACAGUAUAUUGUAGGGUUGUUCUUCCAAAAUAGCUCUGGAAAAAAUUAAGAGACCACUUCUCUUUCUGAAUCAGUUUCUCUGAUUUUACUAUUUAUAGCUGUAUGUUUGAGUAAAAUUAACAUUUUUAGUUUUAUUCUAUAAACCACAGACUCCCAAAUUCCAAAUAAAAAUAUUGUAAUUUAGAGCAAUUAUUUGCAGAAAAUGAGAAAUGGCUGAAAUUACAAAAAAGAAAAGCAGAGCUUUUAGACCUCAAAUAAUGCAAAGAGAACAACUUCAUAUUCAAAAAGUAUGAAGUAUGUGUGGUGCACACAUUUAAGAAGCUCAGCUUGGUUUGAUGGCUUGUGAUUAUCCAUCUUUCUCUUGGUUCCAGAGGUUUUCAAUUUGGUAAAAAUCAAAAAAUCUCAUCAUUUUUAAGUGGUCUCGUAUUUUUUCCUGAGCUGUAUAUGAGUGAUUGUUGAUUGCGAUUUUUAGUUCUUACAUAACUUUUAGUUUUAUUUAUUUGUAAACUGACAGCACCAUUUAAAGUGAUGCGCACGCUAUAGUUUCCUUAACAUUUUUUAUUUAUUCUUUUUUUAUAGUAAGAAGUCCCAUUCAGCCAUAGAUUAUUUUAGCUUUUAUAUUAAACACAGAGCAAACAUAAUGUCCUCAUAUUUCAGUUAAAUCAAAGUGUAAAAUAUGAAAACCACUGCCAUAUAACUGCCGUAUAAGAGUUUCUGAGCUUCUACUUUUUUCCCCCCAAUCCACUGAUUAGGCCCCCACUAUCACUAGUGAUGCCCCAACACCAGGAGGGUUAAGACUAGCACAUGCCUCCUCCGAUACGUGCUCUGCUCGAACUGCUGCUGAUGCAGCAUUGCCGAGUAGCAUCAGUACGUUUGGAGGAAAGUGCAGCGACUCUUUUCUGAUACAUCAGCUCACAGAUGCCUUGUGCUGAUCCACAUCACCCUUUAGAGUGAUGAGGUGAGAGAGCGCCAUCUACCCACCCAGAGAGAGCAAGGCCUAUUGUGCUCUCUCAGGACUCCGGUAGCUGAUGGAAAGCAAGAUAAAUAGGGUUUGAACCGGCGAUCUCCCAAACAUAGUGGUAAAUCAGUUCAAUUUAACUUCUCAGUCCUAAUGUAUUGUUUACAUCAAACUUUUCAAAAUUAAAAACACAGUAUCUUUAGUAUAUUAAAAAAACAAAAUGAGAAAUAAACCUUUACUUGGUAUGACUUUACAAUAAGGGUCACAAAUAACAGUAUGUACGACAGUAUUAAACACUGUUAAGAAGCUAAAUAAGGUGUUCCCACUAGUUAAGAGGCUAUUUAACAUUACUACAUUUACCUUCUUAAAAAAAAAAAGAUGUAACUAAUAAUGUCUUACCCAGUGUCAGUAAUUAGUUGUAAUUAGUUGAGACGUUCUGUCGUAAGUACUGUUAAUUAAUGCACUUUUAUUUUGAAGUGUUGCCUUUACAUUUCACACAGUCAGUACUGUAGAAUCUUAUAACAGAGUGCAUCACUGUGCAUAAAAAAAAAACAAGUAAAUGAACCACUGUCUGACACCAGUCUUUACUGGUGUAAACUGGUUUUCCUUUAUGAUACAUUAUUAAUAUGGGUAUAUUUAUUGAAACAUACUGAAUUCUAAAAAGUUACUGCUUCAUAACUCCACAUGGUGGCGCUAAUCAAAUGAAUAGGGUAAACCUGCAGUGAAGAAUAUUGGUUGUUAAAUUCUGUGAGACUGACACCAAUAAAUCCAUAAUUCCUGGUAUUUACUUAUGUAGGAGUAUUUUAUCCUCUUCAGUAACACAGAUGCUUUGAAGUAUCACAGAGAAUUAUCUUGCGAUAUAGAUCAAGUAUCACAGAAUCACAGUAUCACAUCAUCUUGAUCACAGGAAAUGUAUUAAAAACAUUAUAAUACUGUAUCAUGAGAUGCCCUGCGAUUCCCACCAAUACUGAUAUAUUGAUAUUGUCCUAUACACCUACAACUGAGAUAAAGAAA